GAUAGGCAACCCUCCUCGCACGACUGUCUAGUGUGUUGCCGUGCGCGUCCUUCCGUUUUAAAGCAAACGCUCUUAAUAAUUGUAGCGCAUUAAUGGUUUGAAAUACCUUGCACACACUGAUUAAGCUGUCAUUGGGCUGCCCAGCUGGUCUUUCGACCGCGCGCUCUUCAGCGUCCCGGCAAUGCCUUGCCUUCUGCUGCCCUGUCACAACAAACAACAACAGGGUACGGGGCUUCUGUUCCAUUCAUUGGUUCAUUCAUUGUGAGACUUCUGCCCGGCUCCUGCUGGUCUACCAAGAUGCCUGUCGAUAUCAACAGACUGACUGAUGGCUGGCUGGAAUUGGAGAGUGAUCCAGGCCUAUUUACUCUCCUCUUGGAAGAUUUCGGAGUGAAAGGUGUUCAAGUUGAGGAAAUUUAUGAUCUGCAAAAAGCAAUGGAAGGACCGGUUUAUGGAUUCAUUUUCUUGUUUCGAUGGAUUGAGGAGCGAAGGUCAAGACGGAAAAUAAUCGAUCAAAGUGAGACGUUUGUGAAGGAUGAUGAAGUGGUGAACAGCAUUUUCUUUGCUCAACAGAUGGUUCCCAAUAGCUGUGCCACUCACGCAUUAAUUUCCGUUUUGCUGAACUGCCCAAAUAUUCACCUUGGUGGUACCCUCACUCGUUUAAAGCAGCAUACUGUUGGUAUGUGCCCAGAAAACAAGGGAUGGGCUAUUGGGAACACCCCUGAACUAGCAUCAGCACACAAUUCACAUGCCAUGCCUCAAGCUAAACGUCGCAGAGAUAAAUCCAUUGGAGUUCCUACUGGACGGUCGACAGGGGAUGCUUUUCACUUUGUCAGUUAUGUUCCGAUCAAUGGAAAGCUGUUUGAAUUAGAUGGACUCAAACCUUACCCAAUGGAUCAUGGACCUUGGUCAGAAACUGAAGAUUGGACAGAAAAGUUCAGGAAAGUUAUUACAGACAGACUAGGAAUGUCAUCAGGGGAACAGUACCAUGAUAUUCGCUUUAAUUUAAUGGCAGUUGUACCUGACAGGAGACUUGCCCUCACACACAAGCUCAAAAUGUUGAACACAAAUAGGCAAAUAGUUUCAGAAGCUUUGCAGCAGGUGGCAAAAUUAAAGAAAAGGAGUUUAAAGGAGAAAGAAAAGACUGCAGCCAAAGACAGAAUUAUUACAAAAAUUAAGGAAGAGGAAAGCAAUGACUCUAUUUCAAUUGCGGAAGCUACAGAUUCUGAUGUGCCCAACAAUUUAAAUGUGAAAAUUGUCAUAGGUGGUGAUGACAGUCCUAUUCCAAAAGAAGAAAGCUCCAAAAUGGAUGUGGAAGAAGAAAAGGCCAAACCACAAAGGGACUACACUACACCAUUGACUAUUCAAACAUCCCUUUCCCCUAGCAUAAGCACAAGCUGCACUUCCAGUACUGACACAAGCUCUGAGGUGGGCUCGGCAUUCAACAGUCCUACAACAGGUUGGGGCUGGAAUUCCGGUCAAAACAGUCCCAGUGCAUCAUUGUCCCCAUCAGGUAAAGCUUUUAUUUCACAAAAGCUACAGUCACUUACUGUGCCUGGUCCAAAGCUUAUUACUGCUUCUGGCCUUGCUAAACCACAGUCAGAAGUUCCUGAAACUUCAACAACACAGCUUUGUGGAACCACUGUCCCAUAUACUCCCCAGCAAUUUCAGGCCCCACAUGCAUUUGCUCCUCAAGAUUUGCUUGCACUUCUCAAGAAUUUAGAGGCAGAGAUCAGUGUAUGUCAAGCCAGUCUGAGGGAUGAGAACGAGAAACGGAAAAAAUACAAGGUUGAUGACAGCCGAAGAACUCACAACUAUGAUGAGUUUAUCUGCACUUUUCUCUCCAUGUUGGCAGAACAAGGUAAACUUGCCAGCCUGGUGCAACAGCAUCAGCUUCACAGCAGCAAAAAAGUUCUUGUGUCCAGGGUCAUGAAAAAAACUGAACCCAAGACACAACCAAUUUCUAAAAAGAAGCGCGGACGGGCAAAGAAGAAGAGAUGAGCAUUCUAGGUGGCUGUACGAAAUGAGUAGGAACCAUUUGAUUUUGUUGCUUAUUAAAAUGACAGCAGGCCUUGUUUGGGCAGGAUGAUUAUUGUAAAAUUUCACUGGUAUAUUAAGUUAAGGUGAAGUUCUUCUGGAAAAUGUACAUCUCUUUGAGGUGAAGAUGGCUGUGAAAGAUUGAGGGCAAAUUGUAAGUGAACUGUUACUUAGCAGCAGGAGUAAAGGAAAAAUGAGAUACUUCAA